UGGUUUGUUCUUUUCAUUUGUUUGAUUUCUUUGAGUUGGAGUUCGAGUCAGUAAUUUCACCUGAGCACUACACUCCUUUCUACAUUCAAGUUAUAACUCAGUUUCCACGGAUAGUUGUGCUUCUAACCGGCGAGGCCGGGGUUUGGUGCCAAAAUGGUCUACUCCAAGUUUACUGGAUUCCGUGCGACGCACUACCCUGAAAGAGCCAUGACUGGAUUGUGGCACAAUCAAGGCGUUCAAACUGGAUGGGAUGCUACACCGUGCAACGUAAAGUACAAGAGACAUUGGAAGCCCAACGCCUUGCCACGUAGUUAUCACAGCAAGAUUUUGAACAAGACUUUCUUCAGUCUGAGUGUGACACAGCGCUGUGCCAGGUACAUUGACCACUGUGGUGGCUUUGACAACUAUAUCAUCCACACACCGGUGUCUAAAAUGAACUCUCUAUUUGGAGCCACAGUCAAGGAAGCUAUGCUGAAGAAACUGGAGAUGGACCCAACCAUAGAGGUACCAGAGGAGGUGUAUCGCCACCGCCCCGACAAACACUCGAGGGCUGCCAAGCUAGAAGAAAAGCUUGCAAAGCGCGAGCCCCUGCGCAAUGAGGCCCGCCAGAGUCUGGAAGCAAUGAUGAAGGCUGAAGAGGAGGAGAGACUGCUCUUGAAAAGGAACACAGUGACUAGCGUUUGAGAAAACGUUGGUCUUAUCAUGUACAUAGUGUAUUAUAUCAAUAGGAGUCUGGUUGAGUUUUUUGCAAUUAAUUAUCUAUAGUGGCCUUUUA